AUGCCGUCGUUUCAAAACAAAAAGUUCCGGUCCGCAGCCGACAUGAACAGCAUCGGCAUGCGCUACCGUACCCUCAUGAACAAGCAUCCCUUCCUCAUGUUCGGCCUGCCCUUUGUGAGUGUCAUCGUUGCCGGAUCCUUCGUUCUUACGCCAGCCACUGCUGUCCGGUACGAACGCUAUGAUCGCAAGGUUCGCCAGAUGACCAAGGACGAGGAGCUCAACGUGCGCCGCUCUGCGAGAAAGGUGGACAUGAAGGAGGAAUACUACAGACUUGCUGGUAAAGACCUUGAUGACUGGGAGCAGAAGCGUGUAAAGCGACUUCCCGGUGAGAAUGAUGGCGUGCUGUAA